AUGGUUGACCAGAAUUGUGUCCCUCAUGGUGGACACUGGGGCUACGAAGAUCAAGCUGCCUGGUCCUCUGAGUUCUCACACUGCAGUGGAAAAUCCCAGUCUCCCAUUGACAUUGAUACCAGGAGAGCCCUCUAUGACCGCAGCCUGCCACCCAUAACUCUGGAAGACUAUGAUCUGACAGACAGCUCAGAAUUGACACUGUUGAACAACGGCCAUACCUUGCAGCUGGUCCUGCCCAACACCAUGCGCAUCACCAGUGGGUUUGACAACGAGUUCCGUGCCGCCCAACUGCAUUUCCACUGGGGGACCAAAGAGGUGCCAGGAUCUGAACACACCAUAGAUAACGUCCAUUUCCCUGCAGAGAUCCACAUAGUUCAUUACAACUCUAAAUAUGCAAAUCUGUCCGAGGCAGCCAGCAAAUCAGAUGGCCUGGCUGUAUUAGGGGGCUUCAUCGGGAUUGGUCUUCAUGAGAAUGACAACUAUGAAAAGAUCCUGUCUGCGCUCGCUGAUGUCAGCAUCGAAGAGUCUAACACUGAGAUCCCUGCCUUCAAUGUCCGUCAUCUUUUGCCAAACAAGCUGGAGCGCUUCUACAGAUACAAUGGCUCCCUUACCACUCCUCCCUGCUUCCAAACUGUCAACUGGACAAUGUUCAAUGAUACCAUCACAGUGUCCAGGAGGCAGCUGGGUGCUCUGGAGGACACCCUGAAAGCAGGCCAACACCAGCACCUGACCAAGAACUUCAGAGCACCUCAGCUUCUGCAUGGGAGACACGUCCUCGCCUCGUUCACAGACACUCCCACCAUAGUCGUUGCAGGACAUCCAAGUAUCUCUAUCAACACCUUGUCGGAGACUGAUGCCUCUAACAAUGAAGGGCCAUCAACUGGGCCAUCUGGUAAGCAAAGUAUGAGGGCUAAUAAUCAUGUGUUGACUAUGCAGGCCCCAAUUGCCAUCCAUUUAAAAAAAUAUAUGGUAGCCUUGUCCCAGAUCAGUUUGUGCUAUCAUUUCAACAUGUGGUCCUUCUGUAGCUCA